CUUCUCGCUCCCUCCACGACUGCCCUCACGACCCUCACGCUCCUCCUACCUCCCUUGCGCCACGCACUGCCUGCGUGCCCUCCUCGCGCACCGUCAUCGCCGCAGCCUUCCGCUGUGCUGCUUCGCCGCGCCUGCGCCUCGUGGCCCCGCUGCCUUUGAGCUCGAGCACGCUCCUGCUGCUGCCAGGCAGCUGCUCUCGCCGCCAUGAGCCGUCCGCGCUUCUUCACGGCGCCGCGCAAGGGCGAGAACUUCGAGCUGCGCGCUGACUUGAACUCGGAGUACCGCGACCGGCGGAAAGAUGCCAUCAAGCGCGUCAUUGCCAACAUGACUGUGGGCAAGGAUGUGUCGGGCCUCUUCCCCGACGUGCUCAAGAACAUGCAGACCGACGACCUCGAGCAGAAGAAGCUCGUCUAUCUCUACCUCAUGAACUACGCCAAGACGCAGCCCGAGCUCGUCAUCCUCGCCGUCAACACGUUUGUCAAGGACUCGGACGACCCCAACCCGCUGGUGCGCGCCCUGGCCAUCCGCACCAUGUCGUGUCUGCGCGCCGAGAAGAUCAUCGACUACCUCUCCGACCCGCUGAGCAAGGCGCUGCGCGACGACAACCCGUACGUGCGCAAGACGGCCGCCAUCUGCGUGGCGAAGCUGUACGAGAUGAAGCCGGAGAUGGCGCUCGAGGGCGGCUUUGUGGGCACGCUGCGCGACAUGGUGGGCGAUGCGAACCCCAUGGUCGUCGCAAACGCCGUCACGGCCCUCACCGACAUCCACGAGACGGCGCUGGAGGUGGACCCGUCGGGCGAGUCUGCCCUCUUUGUCAUCGACACGGCUAUUCUGGCCAAGCUGCUCAUCGCGCUCAACGAGUGCACCGAGUGGGGGCGCAUCGCCAUCCUCAGCUCAUUAGCGCGGUAUAAGACGCGGCCGGGCGACGAGGGCGACAAGGAGGCAGAGCACAUCUGCGAGCGUGUCAUGCCGCAGUUCCAGCAUGCGAACGGCAGCGUCGUGCUCAGCGCCGUCAAGGUGAUCAUGAUCCACAUGGAGCGGAUCCCGAAGCAGGAGUUCGUCAAGCAGCUCGUGCGCAAGAUGGCGCCGCCGCUCGUGACGCUCGUCUCUUCUGCGCCCGAGGUGCAGUGGGUCGCGCUGCGCAACAUCAAUCUCAUCCUGCAGAAGCGGCCCGACGUCCUCUCGACGGAGCUGCGCAUCUUCUUCUGCAAGUACAACGACCCGAGCUACGUCAAGCUCGAGAAGCUCGAGAUCAUGAUCAAGCUCGCCAACGAGAAGAACGUCGACAUGCUGCUGAGCGAGCUGAAGGAGUACGCCUCGGAAGUGGACGUGGACUUCGUCCGGCGCGCGAUCCGUGCCAUCGGGCAGUGCGCCAUCAAAAUCGACGAUGCUGCCGAGCGCUGCGUGCACGUGCUGCUCGACCUCAUCGCGACGCGCGUGAGCUACGUGGUGCAGGAGGCCGUAGUCAUCAUCAAGGAUAUCUUCCGCAAGUACCCGCAGAACUACGAGGGCAUCAUCCCGACGCUCUGCGCGAAUCUGGAGGACCUCGACGAGCCGGAGGCCAAGGCCUCGCUCAUCUGGAUCCUGGGCGAGUACGCCGAGAAGAUCGAGAACUCCGAGGAGCUGCUCGGCUCGUUCCUCGACAACUUCGUCGACGAGCAGUACCCUGUGCAGUUCCAGAUCCUCACGGCCAUCGUCAAGCUCUUCCUCAAGAAGCCGGAGCAUGCGCAGGGCACGGUGCAGCGCGUCCUCGAGCUUGCAACGAAGGAGUGCGAUAACCCGGAUAUUCGAGACCGCGCCUUCAUCUACUGGCGCCUUCUGUCCAGUUCGGACAGCAACGCCGGCAAGUCCGUCGUGCUGGCUACGCGCCCGCCGAUCUCCAUUCCCCUCACGACUGUCACGCCGGCGCUGCUCGACGAGCUUGUCAGCGACCUCUCGUCGCUCGCGAGUGCCUACCACAAGCCCGAGUCAACGUUCAUCGGACGUGGCCGCCUCGGCGCCGACGCGCUGGCCAAGAAGCGCGACGAGGUUACGCGGGAAAAGGCGCUGGCCACCGUUGUGCAGGGCCAGGGCGCCGAGAACCUGCUCGACUUCGACGCCGACGACGAGCCGGCACGGCCAGCAGCGCCGGCUGCCGGCCUGAGCGGCAUCGAGGACCUGAUGAUUGGCGACUCGGGCCCCGCGCCGUCGAGCGGGCGGACCGCUGCGGCUGCGGCGCAGGCGGGCGCGCUGGACGACCUGCUGGGCCUCUUUGACAGCGCGCCGCCCACGUCGGGCCAGGGCCAGCAGACAGGACUCGAGGUGCUCUCGUCGCUGCCCGCCGUGCCGGCACACUCGCCACUGCCGGCCAACGGCGCACAGGCGCGGCAGCCGGACUUGCUCGAUCUCCUGUAGCUGAGAGGCACGCAUGCGCCAGUCAACUCGAUGCCUCUGUCACCAGCAUGCGGUCGUGGACGAGUCUGUCGUUAGGUCAUUA